AUGGCAUUUAAGCCCGAGCGGUUUCUUGGAGACAAAUCAGAGCCCGAUCCUCACAGGUUAUCCAUUGGCUUCGGACGACGUAUCUGCCCUGGCGGUAUCCUCGCCGACAACAGCCUAUAUCUGAACAUCGCGCAGUCGCUAGCCGUCUUCAAGAUCGACAGGGCCAUAGAGAAUGGCCGAAAGAUGGAGCCGGUUAUUGAUUUCCUCCCCGGUGUUGUCAGCCAUCCCGCGCCCUACAAAACCAGUAUCAGUCCAAGAAGCCCGAGACAUGAGGCCCGAAUUCGCUCCACUGAACAGACUCACCCCUGGCAAACGAGUGACGCGAAGGAACUCGAGAGUAUGUCCAUGUAA